AAUAGCCAGUAACAAUACGAGGACAAAAACUGUGAGUGAUCAUCGUGUUUAUUUUUCAUCUUAACUGUGAACUGAUGAAAGGAUCGGUUAUAUCGCUGCAGUUUAAAGACACAGAUAAGCGGUUUAACCAUCAGACUGCAGUGUUUGGUCGGAUUUAUGUGCUGUGAUGGCGAUCCUGUUUGCGGUGGUGGCUCGCGGCUCCACAGUUUUGGCCAAACAUGCACGUUUCUCUGGAAACUUUCUGGAGGUGACUGAACAGAUUCUGGCCAAAAUUUCAUCCGAAAACAACAAACUCACAUACUCUCAUGGCAGCUAUCUCUUUCACUACAUUUGUCAUGAGAGGAUAAUCUAUCUGUGCAUCACUGAUGAUGAGUUUGAGCGCUCUCGAGCUUUUGGUUUCCUGAAUGAAGUGAAGAAGAGAUUUCAGAGCACGUACGGAUCACGGGCACAGACCGCUCUCCCAUAUGCCAUGAACAGUGAGUUCUCCAACAUGCUGGCUGUACAAAUGAAACAUCACUCAGACCCUAAAGGCUCCGACAGUCUGACAGAAACCCAGAUGCAGGUGGAUGACCUGAAAGGCAUUAUGGUUCGCAACAUCGAUCUAGUUGCGCAGAGAGGAGAGAAGCUGGAGCUGCUCAUCGAUAAAACUGAGAACUUGGUAGAUUCUUCAGUCACCUUUAAAACAACAAGCCGUAACCUGGCGCAUGCCAUGUGUAUGAAGAACCUAAAGUUAACCAUUAUUGUCAUAAUAGUUGUACUGGUGGUGUUGUAUGUAAUCGUGACUGCUGCCUGUGGAGGAUUCAGCUGGCCGAGCUGUCGGAAGAAGUAGAGCAUGUGUGAAUCUCAGGAGUCUAAACACCAUUAGUUUUCUCCAACAUACUUUAUCCUAAUUUGCAUUUUCAGAAAGAAACUGACACACAGAAAGAAACCAAAGUCUCCAAACAAAUAGCAGAGUUCUUAGUUGUUCCAGUCCACGCAUUGUCUCUGUUAUGUUAAUCCUAUAGGUUUGGGGUUUUUGGGUUCUCUUUCAAAGUGUGUAAUGCAGUUAUACCUCUGGGAUAUAAUAUGGGGGAUUUUAAAGUGUUUUACCUAAAAAUUCACAUUACCAUAGACUUACUGUUAUAUAAAUUCUAACUCUGAAUUUUUUCUACUGAAUUUCAUUCUUUCAUGAAACCACAGCAGUGGACUGUAGUUAUUAUUCUGUAAAAAAAAUCCAUUAAUAAAAUAAUUAAAUUAAUCUAUCAAA